CGGAAAUUUUGUUCGCGAUGGAAUUUGAUAGAGAAAUACACGGAUGCCCUUCCGGAGCCUUUUUGACCACGCCUUGAUAAAUCGAUUUGUGCUGCGUAAAAUCCGGCUGCCGGUCAAGAAACCGCUGUACAAUUUAAGACAACGAAGCACAGCCCUUGGGCCAAUCAGCCAAAUAUUGUGAAGUAGUGGUGACUAAUUCGCACGGCACCUCUACGUACGAGGACCAUCGUUUCCCGCUCACUCCGGCAGUCAUAUUGGAAUCGCGUCGAUAUGGCACAGCUCAGUAAGCAGAAAGCUUCAUAUCGAAUCGGCUGAUAAAUCUCUCUCAGAGACUCCUGCUUAUAAUGCAGGUCAGUGGGGACGUUCGUUACUAUCAACAUGGCUCCCAUCCCCACUGCACUCAUCGGAUUGUCGGCGAACUCGACCUCGUCGUGGGCCGUCUCUGCGCACCUGCCCUACCUGCUCUCCGCACACGGACGAUCUCGCUACACCAUCGUCGCCGUUCUCAACUCGUCCAAAGAAUCUUCUCUCGCUGCUAUCAAGCACUUCAACCUCCCCGCCGAGACGCGCGCGUACGGUUCGCCCGCGGAACUGGCGGCGGAUAAGGACAUUCGGCUUGUCGUGUGCAGCACGCGUGUCGACAGGCACUACGAGACCGUCCUCGCGUCUGCCCAGGCUGGGAAAGACGUGUACGUCGAGUGGCCGCUAGCGCAAGAUACCAAGCACGCAAAGGAACUGGCUGACGCCGCCCGAAAUGGUGGUGGGCGGACAAUGGUCGGUCUGCAAGGCCGUGUUAGCCCCUUGACGCUGCGGCUCAAGAAGCUGAUCGAGGAUGGGCGGAUCGGGAAGGUUCUGAGCACGGAGUUCCAUGGCGCAGGCGCGACCAAAGGACGCGAUUCAGUGCCCAAAGGGGCCGAAUAUUUCCUCCAGCGCUCGGUUGGUGGGAAUGUCAUCACCAUCUUUGGAGGCCACGGUUUCGAUCUGAUACAGGCAGUUCUGGGCGAGGCCACCGAGAUCAAGUCGCAGCCGCAGCUGCAACGUCCGAUCAACACCGUACGCGACCCCGCGACCGACACCGUCACCGACACCAUCAAGUCCGACGUACCGGACCUAUUUAUCGUCACCGCACGCCUGACGGAGUCGCCGACCGUCGUGCGCGACGCAUCCCUGCUGUUUCGCUUCCGCCGCAGUCCCCCGUUCCCGGGCGAGCCCGCGCUUGUGUGGAGCAUCGCAGGCGAGAAGGGCGAGAUACGCGUGACGAACCAGGCGUCUUCCAUGCUGCAUAUGGUGUCCGCCGGCAUUGUUGUCGAGGUGCAUGAUUUCGAGACGGACAAGGUGGAGAAGGUCGAAUUUGACCUACAAGAGUCCUGGCCGGGGGACGCAACUGCUCCACUGCCGUCAAAAAUUGUGGGACUGUUGUAUGACCGUUUUGCCACCGAAGGGCAAUACCCGACUUGGGAGGACGCCGUGAAGCGGCAUGGGCAGAUCGAUGACUUCGUUGCUGGAUGGGUCGCUUAGACGUGAUGUGCACACAUCCUCGAGUAGUUUUCGAAUCGCGAGCAUAUUGAAAUUGGCUGGAAUGCAUGACCUGAUCCUAUCUGGAGAGACCAUUAGAUCUCCAUACCGAAUAUAUGCGCACCACCUCGGUCCAUCGUGCGAGCGCAAAUAUGAAGGGGAAUACAGAGAUCGUAGCCCCAAAACAAGCCCCCCACCAUUGCGGAGCCAGCCCACGGUUAGCAACAAAGAUGCCGGCAAUCACCCUCAGGGCAAGUUCCUCGCACGAUUAUGAGUCAGAUUGAAGGUGCAUAACGCUUUGAGACUGUGCAUGACCCAAUGCCCGGAUGCCCUGCAGAGCGGGCCUGGGACGGUCCACCUCGUGAAGGACAUAGACGACGACAAAGACAGGCGAAGGGCUGUCUAUAGCAUCCCAGGUGCGGUGAAUAAGCGCCAGGAUCAGGGAGAAAGUCGUGGUGAGCGUGUCCUGAGAACCGUGACAUUGAAGUCAGCAAACAGGUGUCCAAGGCCCCGAUCGGGUGCACUGCUUUUAGUGGUGUGUUGUAAUCAAAUUUGGUGAUGUUGUUAACUAGAGC